AGCAGUGGCAAGAUUAGUAGUGACAAAUGACAAUAAAGACAAAGAACAGUUAGAUUAGGUGUUGGUUGUAUCUACUUUGAUUAAACAGCUCGAAGGAUUUUUUUUAAAGAUAAGUUGGCUUGAAAAACACAGAAGAGGCAUUAAUGAUACAAGAAAAACGUAGCUGUCAAAAUGUGUGCCCAUAUAUAUAUUGAUAUAGCCAUGCAAUAUCUAUCAACUUGAGCCACCUUAAUUCUACAAGCGAUUUUUUAAUUUUCCAAUUUGCUUGAAUGGAGAUUAUUAGAGCAUCCUUCACAUUAGUGGUUUUUGUUUUAAAUAUGGUUAGAAUUACAUUAAGUGUUGAAAAUGAAGUUCUGUAUCUUGAUUACUACAAAGAAACAUGUCCCUUGGCAGAAGAGAUUGUUAGCAGAAAUGUUGAGAUUGCAGUGCUCAAAGAUCCUCGAAUGGCAGCCUCGCUCCUUCGCUUGCAUUUUCAUGAUUGCUUUGUUAUGGGAUGUGAUGCAUCAAUUCUUUUGGACAACCAUGGAGACAUCAUUAGUGAAAAGCAAGCAGGGCCUAACCUCAAUUCUGUACGUGGAUUCAAAGUCAUUGAUGAGAUAAAGUACAUUUUGGAAGAGGCUUGUCCCCUAACUGUCUCCUGUGCUGAUAUUCUAGCCAUGGUUGCUCGCGAUGCUGUCGCUUUGAGAGGAGGCCCAAGAUGGAAGGUUUGGUUAGGGAGGAGAGACUCCAUGAAAGCAAGCCUUGAUGGUGCAAACCAGUUCAUCCCUGCCCCAAAUUCCUCUCUGGAGACUCUUAUUUCCAACUUCAACGAACAAGGUCUCGAUAUAGAAGAUUUGGUUGCUUUGUCAGGUGGCCAUACACUUGGGAAGGCAAGAUGUGUGAGUUUCAGACAAAGGGUUUAUGACAUAAACAUGGAAGAAAAGCGUGACAAGUACAAAAGAUACCGGACAUUUCGAAGAAUCCUACGGUCCAUAUGCCCGGAUUCAGGAAGGGAUGAUGCGAUUGCACCGCUCGAUUUUUCAACUCCUGCAAAGUUUGACAAUCAUUAUUACAUUAACAUACUUGAAGGGAAUGGAUUAUUAGGAUCUGAUAAUGUGUUGGUCACAGAAGACCAUGAAGGAGAGAUAAUAAAGCUGGUUUGGGUUUUCGCAGCUAAUGAAGAGCUUUUCUUCAGUUCAUUUGCGAAAUCAAUUGUUAAGAUGGGCAAUAUUAAUGUACUCACUGGACUUGAAGGAGAAAUUAGAAAGAAUUGUAGGUUUGUUAACCCUUAGGCCUUAGCAAGAAAAUGACCAAGUAGCUCCUUCAAAGAAACAGUUUGAUGUAAAAGUAUUUGUAUCAAGUAGUGUUAUGAUUAACCAGUAGUUUUGGACCA